CAUAACGGAUUUUUGUUUUAGGGCGCGCGGUGUCAAUUGAUCUAUGUAUGUAACUCUUCAGUCAAUCCUUGUAGCUCGCCAAGAAAAAAUUGAACUUUUUCUUAUGGAUUUAUUUAGUUUAAUGGUGACCAUUAAUUGCCUUGUCCAGAUUUGCAUUGAAAAUAAAUUUAAAUUUUUUGUAACAAACAGUUCAAAUUUUUUUUUAAUGUUUUGUUUUUUUUAUUUUUGCUUAAAGUUGGAUUUGGGAAUUUUUUUUUUAAAUUCCUGUUUUUAAUAUGUACAUUCAUAUUUAUGUACAUAUAUGUAUAUUUUGCAAAGCAAGUUGUUUCCAAUAUGCACCGAAAAAAGAUUGGUCAUAAACGCAUGCUUGUUAGUUACACUCGUGACUCUUCGCUAACCGAGGUCAAUACUUUUCGGUGCCAAGUUGCCGGUCUUUUAAAGGAUGUUCCAUACUAUACACUCCCCAUGUACAAUUUUCGAGAGCUAUUUCAGUCGCGCUUUAAAACUUCGACAAGUGUUCUGAUAAUAACGAGGACAAGUUUAUCAGUUUGCUUCCCGAUCUGAUGAAUACUACAGAAAACUCACCUUUAAUGGAGAAGAUGCAGCACAGUGUUCCUUAUUGUACAAUGCACUUUAAAAGAGAACAGCACAAGGGUUGGGCUGAACAGGAAAUCGAACCAUUACCUAACGUUAGCAUGACUAUAUUAGAAAUACAAAGCCUUGUCCAUCCAUUAUUAAAGCUUCAUACUGGUGACAUUCCGGUUGCCACACUUCUUAACUGAAUCGAAGAACAGCUAGAUGUAAAGAUAAUACCAAAUGAAAGUGGGGUAAAUCUUGAGCAUUUAAUCUGUUGUGUCCAAAGGAUUUAGAUUCACGCCAAUAAUUUUGGAAUAAAGAUUCUUGGAUUGAAACUUAACAAAGAUAGAGCUUUACACUCAAGUACUAAUUUAAGUACUGUGAGUACCGGAGAUCGCUCCGAAGAAAGUUGUUGCAAAAACUCUAUAUCGGACCCACUUUUUCAAAUUUCACGUAAAGUCAUAGAGUUAGUCAAGAUGUCACCAAAGUCUACAAUGAAGUUCAAUCGCUUUAUUCCAGCUUAUCACAAUCAUUUCGGCAAGCAAUGCAGAGUAGCUGAUUAUUGUUACACAAAGUUGAUUGAGCUUUUUAAAGCUUUAUUCUCUGUAGUUCAAAUCAUGGGAGACGGUGAAAAUCGUCAAAUCACACUUACGCACCGAACCCAGAUACGCAGAUUUACAUCAGAUCUUUCGCGCGUUUUACGCGCCCAUUGAAACAAUUCCGUUCUUUUGUCUCAAAUACCAGGAAUUUUAUCAUAAACACAAAAUAAAAACUUUGAUAUUUCAGACUAUGGUGUGUGCAACAUUGUGAAUAUCUUAGAUGGUUUAGUAAAUUCAAAUAUUGUAGUAAUAAGCACUGUACAGAAUGGAAAGGACAUUCUUAUCUCAAUGCCAAAACGAAAGCAAACAAGCAAUGAAUUAGUAAAAACUAGUGUGUUCGCGGGCGAAAUAGUCGAGCUUCUUCAAAACUCACUACAGUAUUCAAUUUUAUUUCAAAAGUUUGUUCGGUCUUACCAUUACCACUUUUCAUAUCAGUGUCGUCUCAGUGACUACGGCUUCCUUAAAUUAACUGAUCUUAUGGAUGCUAUUCAUGGCUUGGUUCAGAUGGAAAUAGUGUCCGAUGAAGAAAAAAAAAUUUGUCUAUCGCCAUAUGUGGCUAGAAGGGUUUUUUCGGAGCAAUGCGGCGACCUUAUAAAUAAUGCUACCGGAAACUUAAGAAAUUCCAUGAAACUUGAUCAUGUUCUUAAGUUACACAAAAAAAAGUUUGGUUAUCAGAUGCAAGCGCACACAUUGGGAGCGUCUGAUAUGAUAGAGGCUGUUGAAAUGUUACCGUACGUCGAAGUGAAAAGUUCAGAUUAAGCCAUAUGGAUAAUAUAUCGCAAAGAUGAUUUAUCAUUUCGUAAUUUCUGUUAUCGCGCAUGUAUGCAUUUAAUUCGAUCAGAGUUAUUAGCUCUAGAACCUACUGCAGGAUUUGGAGAAAAUAUACAAAUUGAUGUGUCGUCCAAUGAAAACUCAAAACAUAUUUCAAAGGUUAACUUUCUAAAUGAGUUUAAUAACCAAAAUAGAUAUCAUCUCAGUAAUUCAAUUUUGGCAUCCAUGAGUCAUGCUAUUGAGUUGUCCGUGCUACAAAAAUGAAAAAGUAUCUACAUCGUGUCACUCACAAUCACAGAUUUAUCAAUCAACAUUUGUUAGACGGAGCUAUAUCAGCGAAAAUACAAGCUUAUAUCGUGGGACAGAUAUUCCAUCAGGGAUUUCAUUUGUUAAAAGUAAUAAGUUGCCAAGCUACUCCAUGCUACCAGGAACAUUUUCUACUAAUGGAGGGAAAAGUACAGUAACUUCCGUUCCCAAUGAGUCUCAAAUAUGCAAGAAUGCUCAAUCUCAGGGAAUGGCUUUUAGCUAUUAUAAUAAUCUUUAUAUGCCCUACAAUCAAAAUUACACCUGUGCGACUUUAGCUGCAGUUGGUUCUGAAUCAAAUCGUCCGAUGAUUAACGAAUAUCAGAAACCUCUGCAGCAACAGGCCUACCAACCGAUUACUGCAAUUCACAAACAGGCUACCAACAUGUGUACUCUAAACCAGCCUGUGGAUCCUUUAUUAGUGUCCAUCUCAAGCAGCAGACUAUUAAAAUGCUUGCCUGCUACCGAAGUCCCCACUAACAAUUGCAUAUUGCAAGACUUUACUAAAAGCGAUAAAGUAUUAAGCUUUGGAGAAAAAGCAUGCUUACCAAAAUUGGAAAGUUUAGUUGAUCUUGAUGGCGAAGCAAUAGAAAAUGAAACGCACUGCUUUGCAUCCGUAAAAGACGUAAGAGAUACUGUUACGUUGCAGAUUACUAAUCUAGAUUACUCGCUGGACGAGUCGAGCCUACGAAGCUUUCUUUUGAAUCAGCUAAAACCUAUUACUCCAGUAGUAUCUCUUGUCUUUGAAGGCAGUGCGUAUGCCAAAGUCACGGUGCCAGACCUUUAUUUUGCAAAGCAAGUUGUUUCCAAUAUGCACCGAAAAAAGAUUGGUCAUAAACGCAUGCUUGUUAGUUACACUCGUGACUCUUCGCUAACCGAGGUCAAUACUUUGCGGUGCCAAGUUGCCGGUCUUUUAAAGGAUGUUCCAUACUAUACACUCCCCAUGUACAAGUUUCGAGAGCUAUUUCAGUCGCGCUUUAAAACUUCGAUAAGUGUUCUGGACUUGUACAAAAUGUCCGAUGUUUGUACGAUCACCUCUGAUAAUAACGAGGACAAGUUUAUCAGUUUGCUGCCCGAUCUUUUGAAUACUAUAGAAAACUCACCUUUAAUGGAGGAGCUGCAGCACAGUGUUCCUUAUUGUACAAUGCACUUUAAAAGAGAACAGCACAAGGGUUGGGCUGAACAGGAAAUCGAACCAUUACCUAACGUUAGCAUGACUAUAUCAGAAAUACAAAGCCUUGUCUAUCCACUAUUAAAGCUUCAUACUGGUGACAUUCCGGUUGCCACUCUUCUUCACUGCAUCGAAGAACAGCUAGAUGUAAAGAUAAUACCAAAUGAAAGUGGGGUAAAUCUUGAGCAUUUAAUCUGUUGUGUCCAAGGGAUUCAGAUUCACGCCAAUAAUUUUGGAAUAAAGAUUCUUGGAUGGUUGGAACUUAACAAAGAUAGAGCUUUACACACAAGUACUAAUUUAAGUACUGUGAGUACCGGAGAUCGCUCCGGAGGAAGUUGUUGCAAAAACUCUAUAUCGGACCCACUUUUUCAAAUUUCACGUGAAGUCAUAGAGUUAGUCAAGAUGUCACCAAAGUCUACAAUGAAGUUCAAUCGCUUUAUUCCAGCUUAUCACAAUCAUUUCGGCAAGCAAUGCAGAGUAGCUGAUUAUGGUUACACAAAGUUGAUUGAGCUUUUUGAAGCUCUAUCCUCUGUAGUUCAAAUUAUGGGAGACGGUGAAAAUCGUCAAAUCACACUUACACACCGAACCCAGAUACGCAGAUUUACAUCAGAUCUUUUGCGCGUUUUACGUGCCCAUGGAAACAACUCCGUCCUUUUGUCUCAAUUACCAGGAAUUUUAUCACAAACACAAAAUAAAAACUUUGAUAUUUCAGACUAUGGUGUGUGCAACAUUGUGGAUAUCUUAGAUGGUUUAGUAAAUUCAAAUAUUGUAGUAAUAAGCACUGUACAGAAUGGAAAGGACAUUCUUAUCUCAAUGCCGAAACGAAAGCAAACAAGCAAUGAAUUAGUAAAAACUAGUGUGUUCGCGGGCGAAAUAGUCGAGCUUCUUCAAAACUCACUACAGUAUUCAAUUUUAUUUCAAAAGUUUGUUCGGUCUUACCAUUACCACUUUUCAUAUCAGUGUCGUCUCAGUGACUACGGCUUCCUUAAAUUAACUGAUCUUAUGGAUGCUAUUCAUGGCUUGGUUCAGAUGGAAAUAGUGUCCGAUGAAGAAAAAAAAAUUUGUCUAUCGCCAUAUGUGGCUAGAAGGGUUUUUUCGGAGCAAUGCGGCGACCUUAUAAAUAAUGCUACCGGAAACUUAAGAAAUUCCAUGAAACUUGAUCAUGUUCUUAAGUUACACAAAAAAAAGUUUGGUUAUCAGAUGCAAGCGCACACAUUGGGAGCGUCUGAUAUGAUAGAGGCUGUUGAAAUGUUACCGUACGUCGAAGUGAAAAGUUCAGAUGAAGCCAUAUGGAUAAUAUAUCGCAAAGAUGAUUUAUCAUUUCGUAAUUUCUGUUAUCGCGCAUGUAUGCAUUUAAUUCGAUCAGAGUUAUUAGCUCUAGAACCUACUGCAGGAUUUGGAGAAAAUACACAAAUUGAUGUGUCGUCCAAUGAAAACUCAAAACAUAUUUCAAAGGUUAACUUUCUAAAUGAGUUUAAUAACCAAAAUAGAUAUCAUCUCAGUAAUUCAAUUUUGGCAUCCAUGAGUCAUGCUAUUGAGAUUUAUAAAUACGCUGACAAAGAGUGUGUUCGGCUUACAGGCCUAUUGAAAUUCUUGAUCUCUAUAGUUCGCAUUUUAGAGCAUCGGCAAAAGAUGCACCUCAAUGAAAUAAAAAACAGCUUAAAAUGUGGCCUUUCUACUACUUUUGAAUUUGGAUUCCCCAAUUUAUACGAAUUACUUUCUGCAUAUGAAGAUCUCUUCACACUGGACUUUGGAUCUUCUCAUGACAGAUGUAUUGUUUCAUUAAAAGCUGAUUGCGAGUUGCGCCUUUGUACACAGCUAACUAAUAGGGACAUGUUUGGCUCCAUUAAAUUUACACAUCCAAAGAAGAUCGACGAAUGUAAAUCCAAUGAGAAUAACUUGACAAACAAUGUCAUGCCACUUAUUUCUUCAGAAAAGUCGUCUUUUUCAAGCUCCAAUUUAUCAUUAAUGAGUAGCUUUGGAUCAGCUCAAGGAAAUUCCAGUUUCGGCGACAGUUUGGAUUUUAAAGAAAAUUUUUUUAAUUCUUCCCUUAAAUUGUUUAACAGCUCUUUUAACUCAUCUAGAGAUUUAGACGCUAGUUUGGGAGCAGGUGAUUUGACUACCAUAGUCCCGAAUACCGGAAUGACAGACACAUCAUAUGUACAGUCAUCGGGUAAACUUUGGCGUCGGCGUAAAGUAAGUUCCUACCAGCAGCCCUUGCAGCACAUUGAUACAAAUAUUGCGCAUCAAAAACGUAAAGCGGCUAAUGGCCUUUAUGACCUGGUUAGCUCUAGUAAACAAUUGAAGGGAUCAUUAUAUGGGCCGCCAAAAGCAGAUAACUCAUCAGAUGAUAGACUACCCUUUUGGAUUGAUCCCAUAUGGAGCAACAAAACUGAAGAUCCUAACCCAAAUAUUUUCAAUGUUCGACUUCCAGAAAUUCAUUCAAAAAAUGUUAUUCCAUUGCUUUUAUCACCAUACACAAUUUCUAAGAAUGAAAAUACAAAACGGAAGCUAUUUGGCAUGGAUAAUCAUGAUCGCAACAUAGCAUAAAAAAAAUUUGUUUAUUUAACCCAACGCGAAAAAAAAUAAAUUAAAGCAAUCAAUUUGUGUAUAUUUUGAAUCCAGUUCAAACUUUCAAGUUAAUAAUUUUUAAUGUUAAAAUAUAUUCGCCUAAGUUAAUUUUUAUGUUACCGGCCCCAAUGUAGUGUUUAACUGUUUUCGAAUAAUUGUUUCGAGUUAAUGUCUAUUAAUAAAGAAAAAUAAAAUCAA